AUGAACGGUGAGACAAACGGCGACUAUGGAGCCAAUGGCACUGAUGGACAUCCUUCCGCAAUUGCCAGCACAGUUGAGGAGUUCCUUGCCAGAACUUACGACUUCUUGAUCAUUGGAGGUGGCACAGCAGGCUUGACCCUCGCCGCUCGCCUUACAGAGAACCCGGACACAACCGUGGGAGUGAUUGAAGCUGGCAAGAAUCGGCUUAAUGACCCUUACGUCGACACCCCUGCCAUGUUCCUGCAGACGCUUGGGAAUCCGGAGUACGACUGGAUGAUGUCCACGACUCCCCAGGAUGCGAACAAAGGUAAGGUACAUCAUAUGCCGCGAGGAAAGCUGCUCGGGGGCUCCAGUGGUAUCAACUACAUGAUGUACGUCCGCGGCUCGAAUGCUGACUACGACGACUGGGCCACCCUGGUGGACGAUCCGAGCUGGUCAUCUAAAGGCAUGAAACAAUAUAUGCAGAAGCACCAAACGCUCGAGCCCAUUGAUGAAUCAAUCACCAAUCGUUCAACGAUGCCCACUGUGGGGGAGAACCACGGUACAUCAGGGCCAGUACGUACCAGCUUCAACGACUGGAGGCUGCCCAUCGAGGACGAUAUCAUCAAAGCAUGUGACGAGGCCACUGGCAUGACGAACAAGCCCGUGGAUCCUUGGAGCGGCGACCACAUCGGGUUCUUCAACACGCUGGGAAGUGUUUGUAGGACCGGUCCAAAUCGCGGCAAGAGGAGUUAUGCGGCGAGAGGGUACUUUGAACCAAACAAGGCCCGGCCAAAUCUCAAGGUCCUUUGCGAAGCGCUGGCGACUAGUAUCGUCCUGGAAGGGUCUACCGCGACGGGUGUCAGUUUCAGGCAUGGUGGAGAAGAACAUACCGUCAAGGCCAACCGAGAGGUCAUAGUUUCUGGCGGAGCUUUGCUCUCACCUCAAAUACUCGAACUCUCGGGCAUUGGAGACCCCGAUGUGUUGGAAGCUGCAGGUAUACAAUGCAAGAUCGCCCUUCCAGAGGUCGGAAACAAUUUCCAAGAUCACGUCUUGUCCGUCGCUGGUUAUGAGCUUACCCCUGGGAAUAUGUCUCUCGACGCUAUUUACAAUCCUGACGUGAUGGCCGAUGCACAAAAGACGCUUAUGGAAAAGGCCGGAGGGCCGUUGACCUGCAUCUCGAGCAGCCAGGGCUUCUUCAGUUGCAAACUCUUUCUAUCCGAGGGUGAAGUUGAGGAUAUCAUCCGCAGCAUUGAAGAGAUACCGGAUCAGACCGACUUUCAGCGAAAGCAGCGUGAGCAGGUCAUAGCCCACAUACGAAACCCGCAGUCAGCCAACCUGCAAUUCGUUCUGGUAGCCGCAACAGCUGGUUUCGAUGAAGGCGUAGCGGAUCAAUCGAAGCUGUUCCCGCCGGCGGACCUUUCGAAGCCAAUGGGUAUCACACUAGCCAUUUGUCUCCAGUAUCCCGUGUCCAGAGGUUCGGUACACAUCACUAGUUCUGACCCCACCCAGCCGCCUGCGAUCGAUCCAGCGUAUCUCCAGCAUCCCGCAGAUGUGGCGGUGCUAGCAGCUGGCAUGAGAUUCCUCGACAAAGUCGCCAAUUCCAAAGCGCUAGAAGGCAAACUCGGUCGACGCGCCACCCCCCGGCCCGAACUCGACUUGCAGAAGGCCGAGGAUGCCCAGGAGGCAGUGAGAGAUUGGGUCAUAGGAGAGUACCACCCCUGUGGCUCCUGCGCGAUGGGCGACGUGGUUGACUCGAAGCUCAAAGUCAAGGGUGUUGAUGGGCUAAGGAUCGUGGAUGCAAGCGUGUUCCCUAACCACGUGAGCGGGAAUAUCGUUAGUUCGGUCUAUGCUGUGGCGGAGAAGGCGGCGGAUAUCAUCAAGGCGGACUACGAUUAUGCGCCUCUUGCUAAGGUGGCAGCGUAG